AUGCGUUCCUCAAUCGCCAUCGCUUCCCUCUGCGCUGCAUUCGCAGUCGCUUCCCCAAUCGUCAAGAAGGGUAUCGAAAUCGCUGCUCCCGCUGAUCAAGUCGUCGAGACACAUGUUGAAGUCGUCACCAACGUUGUCAUGGUCACCGUCACUGGAGAGCCCGUCAUCGUUACCGCUGGAGCAGAACCUACCCCAGCCCCCGUCAUCGUGACUGUCACUGCCCCAGAACCCGUUAUCGUGACUGCCACUGCCCCAGCCCCAGUUUGGUCUGCCCCAGCUUGGUCUUACCCUCACAGAUACUCCCACUCUCAAGCCCCUCCUCCGGCACCAACCUCAACUUCCGAAGCUGUUGUUAUCGUCACUGAAACUGAAGCCGCUCCCACCCAAGCCCCUCCUCCGGCACCAACCUCAACUUCCGAAGCUGUUGUUAUCGUCACUGAAACUGAAGCCGCUCCCACCCAAGCCCCACCUACCACUACUCCUGCUCCCCCAGCUACUACUGAAGCUGCCGCUGCCAAGAUUGUCGAAUCCUCCCCAAGCUCCGUCGCUCCUGUUGUAGAGAGCACACCGGUUUCCUCUGCCACCGAUGCUCUUACCCCAUCUGCCGUAGUUGCACACAAUGAUGCCCGUGCUAGCCAUCAAGCUAGCACCAUGUCCUGGAAUCAAACUCUCGCUGACUAUGCCGCCCAAGAGGGUAGCUGCGCCACUUUCGCACAUGACUUGACCGCUGGUGGUGGUGGAUACGGACAAAACAUUGCUGUUGCCGGAAACUCCAACUCUGCUGCUUACACCACCGAAGGUGCUCUCGCCGAUGCCAUCAAGGAAUGGUACGCUGAGGAAUCCCUUUACGGUUCCUUGUACGGUGUUGCCAACCCAUCUGAGUCCGUUGGUGAUUUCUUGCAUUUCACCCAAAUGGUUUGGCAAGGAUCCCACCAAGUCGGAUGUGCCGUUAAGACUUGCGGAACCGACAACACCAUCUACCCAGGCAUGUACGUCUGGUACAGCGUCUGCAACUACUAUCCAGCUGGAAAUGUCAUUGGUGAAUUCGACAUCAACGUCCUCAAUUAA